AUGUUGACCACGAGCGCGCACGCGUUAAAGCCGCGAGCGGUUUCCAUCGCCCAGCGAUCGGGGCGACAAACGAGCGCGCGAGCGGUGAUCGCGCGAGCGGACGCGGGACGGGACGAGAGCUCUCAGGGAAAGGUUGCCCUCUCCGCCGCGCUCGCGCUGACGCUCACCGUCGGCGCGGCGAUGGAACCAGCGUUGGCGGUGACGUCCCCGGCGGAAACUCGGAAGGCGGCAACGACCAAGGGCGCGAAGGUGGGCAGUGCGGCGACCAAGUCUGCGCCGGCGCCGAAGGCUAAGAAUAAUAAGACUGCGACUCCGGCGCAACGAAGGAAAGUCGACUACAAGGGGGCGAAGCCUCAGGUGCGACGACCGACGCCGGCUCAAUACAAGACCACGACGAGACCGGCGGCGAAGCGUGCGGUCACGAGACCGGCGGCGAAACCAAAGGCCCGGGUCUCGGCUUCCAACGCAAAGACAGGGCCAGCCGCAGCCAAGUCUGGCUCAACCAGGAGAAGAGUCGCCACCAGAUCAGCGAAGGGUACCUCUACGCGUGUGGCUAGACCGGUGAGACAAGCUAAGAAGCCGAUUCAGAAGAAAGCGGCCAAGCCGACGCCGACAAAGAAGAAGGUCAGCCGCGCGAACCCGCUUGCCAUCCUCGCUACGGGGAUGGGUCUCGGACUGUUUGCAUUCACGAACCGACGGGAAGAAGACGAGUCCGUUUCUGACGUUGCCAUCAGGAAGGUGACGGAGGCACCCAAGUCGCGGGCUGUCCCAGAGCCGGUCGAACCGGAGGAAAUGGAGGAACCAGAAGAGGUGGAAGAGGAGUUGGAAGAAGAUGUGCCGGAGGGUGCGGCCAACGCGGCACAAGACUGGAUCAACAAAUGGCAAUCCAAGGGACGAUCGCUCUUCAACAAGGACUAA